GGAGUUGAACUUAAAAGAGUCACAAUUAAAGUGCUAUUUAUUUUCACUCGUGAUUCAAAGUUGACUUUGUUCGACCAAAAUCAGCAACAUAAGAGGACUCUCUCUGUUUUAAUAACACAAGCUAGCACCACACAACCAUAGAAUGCUCUUCAUUGUCCUCGUGCUCUUAUGGAUCCCCAUAGAAUGCACUCACCCACUUGACCCUCUAACCCCUUCCGAACUCAACCUUGUCCAAACCAUCAUCCAUCAAACAUACCAAACCAACUCAACCGACAUACAAAAAAACCUCACCUUUCACUACGUAGGAUUAGCCGAACCCGACAAGCCUCUCAUCCAAUCAUGGCUAUCCUCAAACACCAAAACAAAAACUCUUCCAAAACCACCACCUCGUCAAGCUUUCGUCAUAGCAAGGUUCCAAAAACAAUCCCUCGAAAUCACAAUAGAUUUCUCAACUCGUUCCAUAAUCUCAACAAAAAUCAACAAAGGACAAGGAUACCCUAUGCUCACAUUUGGCGAACAAACCGUUGCGUCACAGUUACCAUUCAGUUACGAACCGUUUAGAAAUUCGUUGAAUAAAAGAGGAUUAAACAUAUCUGAUGUUGUGUGUGCAACUUUUACGGUAGGUUGGUUUGGAAGAGAGGAAAAGAGCAAAAGGAGAGUGAAAGUGAAGUGUUAUUACAAAAAUGGGAGUGCGAAUUUGUAUGUGAGACCGUUGGAGGGUGUGGCGACGGUGGUAGAUUUAGAUGAAAUGAAAAUUGUUGGUUACUCAGAUAGAGAGGUGAUUCCGGUAGCGAAAGCAGAAGGUACUGAGUAUAGAACUUCGAAGAUGAAACCACCGUUUGGUCCAAAGCUUAAAGGUAUAGCUGUCACGCAACAGGAUGGACCUGGUUUUACUAUUCAAGCUCACUCCGUCAGUUGGGCCAAUUGGGUAUUCCAUUUGGGAUUCGACAUUCAGGCUGGCCCAAUAAUUUCUCUAGCAUCAAUUUAUGAUCUAGAAAAACAGAAAUAUCGUGAUGUACUGUACAAAGGUUUCAUAUCAGAGGUGUUUGUGCCAUACCAAGAUCCAACUGAGGAAUGGUAUUACACAAGUUACUUUGAUUGUGGUGAAUAUGGAUUUGGACAGUCUAUGUCUUCAUUACAACCUUUCACUGAUUGCCCUGCAAAUGCUGUCUUCUUAGAUGCAUACUAUUCUGCUUCAGAUGGUACUCCUGUUCAGAUAUCUAAUGCUUUCUGCAUUUUUGACAAGUAUGCUGGUGACAUCAUGUGGCGUCACACAGAAAUUGCUAUUCCAAAUCAAGUGAUAACUGAGGUAAGGUCAGAUGUAAGCCUAGUAGUGAGAGCGGUUUCAACUGUGGGAAACUAUGAUUAUAUCAUAGAUUGGGAGUUUAAGCCAAGUGGUAGCAUCAAACUUGGGGUUGGGCUUACUGGUAUACUAGGGAUUAAGGCAGGGAAAUAUACCCACACAGAUCAAAUCAAAGAAGACAUUUAUGGCACAUUGCUAGCUGAUAAUACCAUUGGCGUGUACCAUGACCACUUCUUUACUUAUUAUCUAGACCUUGACAUUGAUGGUGAAGCCAAUUCCUUUGUAAAGACAAAUUUGGAGACAGUAAGAGUGAAAGAUCACACAACACCUAGGAAAAGUUAUUGGACCGUUGUUAAGGAAACAGCUAAAACAGAAGCUGACGCUAGAGUCAACUUUGGGUUUAAGCCUUCUGAGUUAGUAGUGGUGAAUCCUAAUAAAAGAACAAAACAAGGAAAUCAAAUUGGGUACCGUUUGAUUCCAGGAUCAGUUAUGCAUCCACUUUUGGUAAGUGAUGAUUAUCAGCAAAUUAGAGGUGCUUUCACUAAUUAUAAUGUGUGGGUGACACCAUACAACAAAACUGAGAAAUGGGCUGGAGGGUUAUAUGUUGAUCGUAGCAGAGGUGAUGAUACUUUAGCUGUUUGGAGUCUCAGGGAUAGGGAGAUUGAGAACAAGGACAUAGUACUAUGGUACACAAUGGGAUUUCAUCAUGUUCCUUCUCAAGAAGAUUUUCCAGUUAUGCCAACUUUGAGUGGUGGAUUUGAGCUCAGACCAACCAAUUUUGAGAGCAAUCCUGUCCUUAAAACAAAAUCACCAAAGCCUGUGCACUGGCCUAAUUGCACUUCUCAACAUUAGUUGGGUAUGCCUUUAUUUGUAUCACUCAUUGAUAUGAGGAGGAUGUACUUUGUAAUUAUUCAGUUGAGGAAACCAAUGUAAUAAUUUUCUUGUUUUAACUUGUAUCAAGAGUUUUAUUUUUUUCCAAUAAAGUAACUCGAGACACUAGUUAUCAUUUGGUGUCUACGUAACUCUGUCACUUCAGAUUGAAA